AGUUCCCGUAGUCGCGAUGAAGAAGAAAGCAAAAUAUUCUCCUUUCCUCCUCUCUAUUAAACCACAAAUGUAGAGAAGAAUGAAGGGAUUGAAUACAAAAUAGAGAAGUUGGAAAUUUCAAGCUCUUUUGUCAUGGUGAAAUUGCAUACUUUAGGUGCCAACACUUUAAGUAUCAAGGCUAAUCUGCCUGUUCAUGGAUUGCCUCAGAAUCAUUAUAAUUGUUCACCAAAACUUCCUUCUGCAUAUCCAAGCUUGUCCCUAACCAAUUCACAGCAAUCUCAGCAUCCCAUUUUUCUUUAUCCUCCAGUAAAUCAGAGUGUUGCAGCAAUAGUGUUUGGAGAUGGAUCAGAGUCGCGGCUUUAUCCAUUGACAAAGAGAAGAUCAGAAGCAGCCAUCCCUAUAGCAGCAAACUACAGACUCAUUGAUGCAGUUGUGAGCAAUUGCAUUAACAGUAACAUUAACAAGAUAUAUGCUCUCACACAAGUCAAUUCUACUUCUCUUAAUUCACACGUCUCAAGAACUUAUUCUGGAGCUAGACUGGGAAAAGACGGAUUUGUUGAGGUGAUUGCAGCAUAUCAGACCCCUGAGCAUCAGAGCUGGUUUCAGGGAACUGCUGAUGCUAUAAGAAGGUGCCUGUGGUUGCUGGAAGAGUACCCAGUGAAUGAGUUUCUGGUUCUUCCUGGCCAACAUCUAUAUAAAAUGGACUACCAGAAGCUAAUACAGGCUCACAGAAACAGCAAAUCUGAUAUAACAAUUGUUGCAUUAGGUUCUAUGAGAGAUCAUGAUCCAGGUUUUGGUCUUCUGAAGGUAAAUUCAGAAUAUCAAGUUAUGGAGUUUAGUGUGAAGUCAGAUAGAGAAUCGAUACAACUUAAAGAAGUACAAAACUCAAGAAGGUCAAUUGAUAACAGUUAUAGUACUCAUCCAAGCAUGGGGAUCUACCUCAUUAACAAAGAUACAAUGGAAAAGCUUCUCAAUGAGGUUUACCCUAAGGCAAAUGACUUUGGAAGUGAAGUAAUACGAGGAGCGGUAUCAACAGGAAUGAAGGUUCAAGCACAUCUAUUUGAUGGAUAUUGGGAGGAUUUCAGGAACAUUGAGGCAUUUUAUCAAGCAAACAUGGAGUGCAUAGAGAAAUCAUAUAUGGGAUAUAACUUCUACGACAGAGAUUCUCCAAUCUACAGCAUGCCCCGAUGCCUGCCUCCUACUCUUAUAAGUGGUGCUGUGGUGACAGAUAGUGUCAUAGGAGAUGGUUGCAAUCUCAACAGUUGCAAGAUCAAAGGCUCAGUGGUUGGUAUGAGGACAAGAAUUGGAGACGGGGCGAUAGUAGAGGAUUCAAUAAUCAUGGGUUAUGAUAUCUAUAAAGAAGAAGAUAUUCGAGGGGUGGAAGAGAAAGGAGGGAUCCCACUUGGGAUUGGUGAAAAUUCUCAAAUAAGAAAAGCAAUCAUAGAUAAGAAUGCUAGAAUUGGGAGAAAUGUCAUGAUCAUCAACAGGGAUAAUGUCCAAGAAGGAGACAGGGAAGCAGAAGGUUACAUCAUUAGUGGGGGAAUUGUGGUUGUUCUUAGGAGUGCAGAGAUCCCUCAUGGCAGCAUCUUAUGAGAUCAAUCAUUUUUUUUCUCAUUUUUAAAUUCAUUCUUUUAAUUGUUAACUAAAAUAAAAGGUUACGUAGCUC